UAGUAGAAAAUGCCAAACGUAAUAAAAAUGGCGCUUAUGUUGAGCAGUUUACGAUAAACAUACGUUUGCAGUGCGUACUUUAUUGAUGUAAUUAUUUUGUUGUGAUUUAUAGUAAAUUGUAUUAUUAGAAAGUGAUACCAUAUCGUGGACUAAUGAGUUUAUUGACCGAUGUCUGCCGUGGCUCCCAAUAUCCCCGGGGCUGACCCAGCAAAGGAUAUACAAAAGCGCCGUGCUGGCAGUAUUGGAUCCGAUGAAGACGACGCAAGUGGGGGGAAGUACACAAGGAUGGAGGAGGAUAAUAUUCAGGACAAAGAGAGGUUUGCAAGUCGGGAAAACCACUGUGAGAUUGAACGACGGCGAAGAAACAAGAUGACGGCGUACAUAACAGAGUUGUCGGACAUGGUGCCAACAUGCUCCGCGCUGGCACGCAAACCCGACAAGCUCACCAUACUGCGCAUGGCAGUAGCUCAUAUGAAAGCAUUGAGAGGCACAGGCAAUACUUCCACUGAUGGCACAUACAAGCCAUCAUUUUUGACUGACCAGGAACUCAAGCAUUUAAUCCUUGAAGCGGCUGACGGAUUCCUGUUCGUUGUUAGUUGCGAUACUGGUCGCGUCAUUUACGUCAGCGACAGUAUAGCUCCAGUACUUAAUUAUUCUCAGGGAGAAUGGUAUUCCUCAUCUUUUUAUGACCACGUGCAUCCAGAGGAUACCGAGAAGGUUCGAGAGCAGUUGAGCACUCAAGAACCACAAAAUACAGGACGCAUUUUAGAUUUGAAAACCGGAACGGUGAAGAAAGAAGGACAUCAAUCGUCCAUGCGGCAGGUGAUGGGCUCGCGGCGCGGCUUCAUCUGCCGCAUGCGCGUGGGCGGCUCGGCGGAGGGCGCGCACCUCGGCCGUCUGCGCGCGCGCAACUCGCUGGGGCCCUCGCACGACGGACACAACUACGCCGUCGUCCACUGCACCGGCUACAUCAAGAACUGGCCGCCUACAGACUUGUUUCCAGGCAUGCAGAUGGACCGGCCGGUCGAGGACGAGCUGCACGCUUCUCAUUGUUGCCUCGUUGCCAUCGGACGACUACAGGUGACAUCGACUCCGAACGCGGCCGAGGGCAGCCUGUGCAGCGGCGGCGUGGAGUUCGUGUCGCGGCACGCCGUGGACGGCCGCUUCACCUUCGCGGACCAGCGCGCGGCGCAGGUGCUGGGCUACGCGCCCGCCGACCUGCUCGGCAAGCUGUGCUACGAGUUCUACCACCCGGAGGACCAGCAGCAUAUGAGGGACAACUUUGAUCAAGUAUUAAAAUUGAAAGGCCAGAUCAUAUCCCUCAUGUACCGGUUUCGUACCAAAUCCAGGGAUUGGAUAUGGCUGAGGACGUCAGCCUUCGCCUUUUUGAAUCCGUACAACGACGACGUUGAAUAUAUUGUCUGCACAAACACGCUAGCAAACCGGUCGCUAGGCAGCGCGAGUGGCGAGGCGCCGCCGGAGGAAAACUACGACUACCACUUGCGGCACCGCGACGUGUACCAGGCCGCGCAGCAGCCUGUGCUGCACCAGCAACACCAUGCACCGCCUGUUGCAGCCGGCAGCGUGGGCAUGGGCGCGGCGGGCGCGCGGUCGCCGGGCGCGGCGCCGGCGGCGGGCGCGGGCUACGCGCCGCACUACGCGCCCGACUACUCGCCGCACCGCGUCGCCAACACCCCGCCCGUCACCACCUGGACCACGCUCCGACCCAGCGGCGGAGCCGGCGGCGAGAGCUACGCGUACAGCGGCGAGGCGCCCGCGGCCGGCUCGGGCACCGCGCCCGCGGCCGACGGCUCGCCCGCGCGCUCCCCGCCCGCGCCCGCCUACCUGCCGCCCGCGCACUACCACCACAACCACCACCCGCACCCGGCGCACGGUCAGUAUACACGUACAGCGGCCGGCUCGGGCACCGCGCCCGCGGCCGACGGCUCGCCCGCGCGCUCCCCGCCCGCGCCCGCCUACCUGCCGCCCGCGCACUACCACCACAACCACCACCCGCACCCGGCGCACGGUCAGUAUACACGUACAGCGGCCGGCUCGGGCACCGCGCCCGCGGCCGACGGCUCGCCCGCGCGCUCCCCGCCCGCGCCCGCCUACCUGCCGCCCGCGCACUACCACCACAACCACCACCCGCACCCGGCGCACGGUCAGUAUACACGUACAGCGGCCGGCUCGGGCACCGCGCCCGCGGCCGACGGCUCGCCCGCGCGCUCCCCGCCCGCGCCCGCCUACCUGCCGCCCGCGCACUACCACCACAACCACCACCCGCACCCGGCGCACGGUCAGUAUACACGUACAGCGGCCGGCUCGGGCACCGCGCCCGCGGCCGACGGCUCGCCCGCGCGCUCCCCGCCCGCGCCCGCCUACCUGCCGCCCGCGCACUACCACCACAACCACCACCCGCACCCGGCGCACGGUCAGUAUACACGUACAGCGGCCGGCUCGGGCACCGCGCCCGCGGCCGACGGCUCGCCCGCGCGCUCCCCGCCCGCGCCCGCCUACCUGCCGCCCGCGCACUACCACCACAACCACCACCCGCACCCGGCGCACGGUCAGUAUACACGUACAGCGGCCGGCUCGGGCACCGCGCCCGCGGCCGACGGCUCGCCCGCGCGCUCCCCGCCCGCGCCCGCCUACCUGCCGCCCGCGCACUACCACCACAACCACCACCCGCACCCGGCGCACGGUCAGUAUACACGUACAGCGGCCGGCUCGGGCACCGCGCCCGCGGCCGACGGCUCGCCCGCGCGCUCCCCGCCCGCGCCCGCCUACCUGCCGCCCGCGCACUACCACCACAACCACCACCCGCACCCGGCGCACGGCAUGUGGUCGUGGCAGGGCGGCGGCGCGGGCGCGCCGGGCGCGGGGGAGAGCGCGGCGCCGCACGAGCUGUCGGACAUGCUGCAGAUCCUCGACCAGAGCGGCGGCGCCGCCUUCGAGGACCUCAACAUCAACAUGUUCAACUCCAACUUUGAAUAGCGCCGCGGUUCCCGAGGUUGCCGUCCCGCUUAGUCGCGAGUCGCUCCACCUAUUCGAUUCCCGAUCGACGGUAGUGCCAGAGACAACAGAACUAUCGAUGACGCAUCAAUUCGAAAGAUAAGUCGCAGCUUUACUGGAGGACGCUACCCUACGUCGGUGACUUAAAAAAUCUAUCAUAGACCGCAGUUGACAUCAGUUCAGUGUCUGUAGGUUCGAUUGCCUGUGGUAGCACGAAACCCGAGCGCGUCCCGCGUCCGCGACUCUGCGUGUUGACAAUUCAACUAGAGCUUUAUCGCGGGAUGAUAUAGCUCUCAAUAAAUGGCAACCAACUGUACAAAUCAUGUACCUUGUAAAAAUACACAAAUUCACCUUACUCUUAUUUGACGCUUAAGUUUGUGGAGACUAGUUUGGUAUUGUGUUAUCGACUUAUUAAUUGAUGGGCUAAAAGGUAGAGCGGUGGAUCGGCAGCUAGUUACUUAACAUACGCAUAUAUUUUUAUGUAAUAAAGUUAAUAAAUAAAAACAUAGGUUUAGGAUAGACAUUUAUAUGAUAAGAUAAACCUUUUUUUAUUCAUUAGGCGGUUUAGACAUUUAAUUUUUAAGAACAGGGUGCGUAGACAAGAUGCCGAUCGUUACGCUCCGUAGCGAACGAAACGCAACUGUCUCUGUCGCACUAAUAUGGAAGAGUGAUAAAGAGAUAUAACUCGCUACUUUACGAACGAUUGGCAUCUUGUCUAUGCACCCAUGAAUAAGUUAAAUCCAACUAUUCCUGGCUGAAUAUAUUUUAAAUUAUCUGACAGAUGAAUACUGUAUUUGCUGUUAAAUUUAAAAUGUUUGUAGGAAAACUUAUUUCGUAAUUGCUUUUAAAUUGAUACCUACCGAGAGCUUCUAGAUUUUUUAAUCGUCUGCUAGACGGUCGCCGACAAGCCCCUCAGACCGUGUGCCCUUGGUCUGGACAGACCGUGUGACCGUUGGUCUGCGAGCGUCGCUAGCGGCCGCGGUCAGUGCGGUUUGGUUGAGGCGGUCUGGAACCGUAUGACCGCCCGUCGCCGAUGACCGCACUAGGCCGUUUCACUCGGAGAACGCACCGUGUGCGCACGGGUCGUAGUCAUGACAACUACUUAAAAACUUUCUUCUCUAUUCUGAGAAAGUUAUGAAUGUCAUCGUAGUCCUCAAAUUUCCUCAAAUUAUUUAACAUGCAAUGUUUGUUUGUAAUCUAUGAUAUUAUAUAACUAUAGGUAGGUUAUACUCAUACAUAAGGAGCACAAAGAAUACUUCCAUAUUUAUUUUUUAGGUGACCAUAGGUACUCUGUGAUAAAACAACGCUAGCUAAUUGUGUUUGGGUUUGUAAGAAUUGUCUCUGUGAGUACUAGUUGUCUGUUGCAAGAAAAGUACAGUCAGCGACAAAAGCUUUAUUAUUUGUGUAUUUUAUAUGUAUUUUAUCAAGUUUUUCAGUUGUUUGCGAUAGUUCUAAUAAAUAUCUUAUUUCUUUCUCCUUGCACUAUUUUUACAUGUAUCUGUUUAGCCCGAUCAUUGUGGUAUUUUGUACAAUAAAGUUUAAAUAAAUACUUGUAACAAAAAUUAAAAUUUUGACGAAAAACUUAAUUAAGUUAGCGUUUUACCCACUCUUUUCUUAAUUUAAUUGAACAAAUAAGCGUGCCACGUCAACUUAAAAUUUCUAUAGGCUAGAGGCAAUUUUGUGCGCUUGCAUUACGUGUUGUACGUCCGCGAGUUCUGAACACACUGGUUUGCCAACCGUCUAGCCACGGCUUUCACGACGACCCCCGGAUCAAGGUCAGACGUUCUGAUGCUUGUCAGCGACCGUCUGGCAGACGCUUUAGAAUUUGUUCUGAACAUAUUUUGGAUAAAGGUGUCACUUUGAUGGAUGACAACAUCGAGCAACACUGGCUUCCGACACGUCGGAAGGGAGGAGCCCAAGCGAUAUCUUACUGUACAAAUAAUUCUGCCAUUUUUUUGCGGGGGGACACUUGCACACUGUCGCACUUCUCACUCACUACAUACUAAGUCCUAUCUGCAAUGACGACACAAAUACAUAGAAAAUUACAAACACCUCGAUCUCAUUUUGCGUACGGACGAGUCACAACACGUACCGCGCUAUGCCCAGUUCCCAGUUGUGCAUGUGCUUCGGCAAAGGGGAAAUAGUGCGAAUGCCGACUGUUGUUGCUCGAAGUCCCGAUGUUGCUCGAAGGAUGUCAAUGAUGACGAUGGCAGUAGUAUUGACGACGGACAAAUCUAUACGCAUUCCACUGAGUUAGGAUGGCGGGUGUACCUAAAUAAAUAAAAAGCAUACCAUAUUUUCUAUUUAGUUCCAAAAGUCUCCUUAAAAUUUUUUUUACCUCCCUGUACUUAAUUACCAAAAAACAGUAAACCCGCCAUUCUGACAGUCAGAAUGGCGGGUGUUUUUGAGUACGCAAUGAUCCCGCUAUUAUUGGUAAAUUCUAUAAAAACUAAAUUUUUGUAACUUCAUAUUCAAUUAUAAAUUUACCCAUUUAUUUGUGGUUUCCAAGUUUUACUCAUUUUACUUUUUACAUUGCUAUUACACUUUUGUAGGCGCUAGUGGCGCUACCAUUUUUCACCUUAUCGAUUAGGUGCAAAAAUAUGGUAUACAUACUUGUUUAUUUUUAUUAUUCAGGUACACCCGACAUCCUGACUCUCACGCCUUCCAGAUGACAACACAUAUUUUGUAAUGAUGUAUAACUGUAACGCGUAAUGACUAAUGACCCAUAAAAUGAUUAAGUUUAGUGAAACAAGUAUUAUAUAUUAUAAAUCGUUAUAUUAGUUUAAAAGGCUCUUUCAAGUCACAAUGUUUGAAUGAUGUCCGAGCUUGAUAUGAAGCUCUAAAUCAAGACCUUUUUAUAUCCUCCCACAUGAAACUUUUAUCAUAUGUUUUAAUGUUGCAAUGAACUUGUUACCAAGGGAAUUAUGAGUCCAUAUAGAUUUUUGUGCUAGGGAACAGUGUUAAGAAACUAGUAAGCAAUAUGUCCGCCGAUUCCCACCUUUUAGCCGGAUUUGGUAUUCAACACAUUCUUAUGCCUUCUCUGGCAGUUAUUAAACACUUAGCAAUUUUUUAUUUUAAGUUAAUUUUGAAUUAAUACAUCCAGGACUACUACUUACGAUAAUUAUGUAUACAUUAUAAUUGAGAAUAUAUUUUUACCAGAGCCUAACAUUCUAUUGGGAUAUAAUGAACUUAUGCUGGCUCUGAAUUUAUUUUAUUUUUAAAAGUAUUUUGAUCUAUAGAAUUGAGUAUUAAAAUUUGUAAAAUGAAUUUUUCAUUAAAAUUAAGUACGACUAA